GAUCCUUAACCCACUGAGCAAGGCCAGGAAUCGAACCUUCAACCUCAUGGAUACUAGUCAAAUUCGUUUCCACUGUGCCAUGACGGAAACUCCAUAGUUACAGAAUUUUUAACUUAGAAGACAAAAGUUUUACUUAAUUUAAAUGGUCAUGAUGAAUUUGGAUCCAGGGUCAUCUUCUAGUUAGUUCUCUUCUGCUCUCAAUGCAACAACCACUGUGCUGUUCUCUUUUCCCUAUGAAAGAUAAGUGGUGCUUGAUAAUGCUUCUGCCUUCAAUAUUAACAUCUCGAACAAGUAAGCAUGUUGAAGCUAGCAUGUAACUACUAAAGUAUAAGCUAGUGUGGUGUGCACUUGGAGUGCUGUAAGAGUUUGAAGAAAGAGCUGAAUGAUUGAUUUUUUUCUGAAAUCAGAGAGCAUUUUCUUUUUCUUUUUUGGUCUUUUCUAGAGCCUCACUCUCGGCAUAUGGAGGUUCCCAGGCUAGGGCUCUAAUUGGAGCUAUAGCUGCCAGCCUACGCCAGAUCCGAGCUGCAUCUGCGACCUACACCGCAGCUCACAGCAACACUGGAUUCUUAACCCACUUAGUGAGGCCAGGGAUCGAACCCUCUUCCUCAUGGAUACCAGUUGGGUUCGUUAACCACUGAGCCACAAAGGGAACUCUGAGAGAGCAUUUUCUACUCCUAAUUGGAACUUAUACUGACUUAGAAUUAUUUUCCUUUUAGGUUGUCAAUUCUUAAAGGGUUGGCAGUAUCUUACUUUCACCUUUUGGGGUCAUUAGCUCUUAAUUAGUGCUUUUGUUGUAGAAAAUAAUGGAGAAAAUAUUGUUGAUUUUAGUAGAACAUUUCGAAAGGGAGUAUGAGUUCUAGGUUGAAUCUUGAAGAAAAGUGAGUGUUGGGUUAGAUUAGGGGACUGCAUUCCAGAGUCAAGAGAAGGGCCUCUAUUAUGAAACUAGACAGUCGUUUAGUCAACAGGUAGUUGGUAGACCAUCCAGGCGGUGGAGACAAUAAUAAACACCACCAGCAGACUCCUGCCCUCCUGGUAUUUACAGUCUCCUGGAAGAACACAGUUAAAUAACUUCUCAAGUGGUGUUGAAGAGCUAAGGGAACUGUUAGGUUCUCUGUUAGCGCUUAUAUAUACAUAUAUAGCAGGGUCUCCUAGCCAGCCUCAUGGGAAUCAGAAACUUUGAAAAGGAAAGCUGAACCUUGAAGGACAUAAAGAAAUGAGCUAGGGUUGGUGAGGGCCGAGGACAAGGCUGUUGCAGGCAGUCAGGGGCUAAGCUAAGCAAGGUGAUUCUUUCUAGGGCACUGAAUGGGAUGGAUGGGGCAUAGAGUGUAAAAAGAUUAUAAGGGUGUAUAGAGCUGAAAAGGGAAAUAAGGUACAUAAGAUGGUAAGGAUAGUGGGAGGACAUCAGAUUUGUGUUUUUUAGGAAUUAUUUUUAUUACAGCGUGGAGGAGAAAUGGGACAGAGAUAAGAAUUGGAGGUGGGAAACAUACUAUGUCUGACCAAAUAGUGCCAUUUAUUGGAAGAUAGCUAAUAAUGGUAUCUCAGGAGGAAAGGAGCCACUUGUUGUGUUUGAGGCAAUAAAACAUUAAGAUUGCUUUUCUAAACAUUAAGGUUGUAUUUCUAAACAGUUGUAUAGGUCUUGACCUCAGAGUGGACAUCUAUGAUGGAGGCCUAGACCUGGGAAAAAUGUCAUACAGGUGAUAAGUACUGCCAUCAGCAUGGAUUGAGGGGGAGAGUACAAGGUGAGAGGACUAGAGGGCCUAUGGUUGGGCUUUGAGAAACACCAAGAUUUAGUAGUUUGGUAGAGGAGGCUGAGCAAGCCUUCAAAGGUUCAGAAAAAAGCAGAGCCAGAGAAGUAGGAAGAAAUACAGAGUAUGACAUCCAGCAAGCCAAAGGACAGGAAGAAUCUGGUUAUUUCGAAUUCUCAGGAUAUAAAGAUUUUAAGAAGUUUUCAUUCAGCCCACCUCAUUUCUCUGCAAGGCACCUUUGUGCAGUCCACAGUCUGAUCAACCCUGCUCAGCAGCCGUGUGAAAACCUGUGUGAGGAAACCCGUGUGAAAACCGUGUGAGGAUGAGUAAGAAGCAGUCCGAAAUAUACCUUGCUUUUAGCAACCUAGUGGUCUUAGCUGGUUUUGCCAGAAGUGAUGGGGCAGAAGUUGGAUCAGGAGCUAGUAGAGGUGAAGAAAUGGGAUGGGGAGAAGAUACAGUUCUCAGUUUGACUGCAGAGAGUGAAGGCAAAUUGGUUGGAGGGUCCUGGGAUUGGUGGAGUUUUUCUGUUUGUUUUGUGUAUGUGAGUGUCUUAAAUGUUUUUGUAUUUUUAAAUGGGAGGUAUUAGAAAAAUUUACAUGUUUGAAGAGAGGAUUCAGUUUGAUGGGAAAGAUAGAUGCUGCACAAGAGAGAGUCUUGAAAAGAGAAGGUAGAAGUAGGUAGAAUCCUAAUCAAGGCCAAGAGUUGGGUGCAGGUGUGUUAUGAUAUCUUUUUUUUUCCCCCUUCUUGGUCAAGUAGAGAGAGAGUGUGUGUGUGUGGUGUAUUUAGGAGAGUGUUUAGGAAUCUGAAGAGACUGGAUGAUGUCUGGAGAGUGCAUGUAGAGUAUGGGAGAUGAACGUUACAGGACCUGGGAAUGUGGUGCUUACAUGGUAUGUGUGAUGGAUGAUGGAUCAUUGCGUUUAUCCAGGGUUGGGAUUUUGCCAAAUUGGUGUGAGGAAAAUAUUAAGGGAGCUUAAGGGAAUUGGCAAGAGUUAUUGAAAUGAGAGACCAUGAAAUCUAAACUAAUUAAAGAAGGAAGUUGAGGAGUUCCUCUUGUGGCUUAGCAAAGGAAUCUGACUAGUAUCCGUGAGGACACAGGUUCGAUCCCUGGCCUUGCACAGUGGGUUAAGGAUCUGGGGUUGCUGUGGCUGUGGUGUAGGCUGGCAGGUGCAGCUCCAAAUUGACCCCUAGCCUGGAAACUUCAUAUGCAAUGGGUGCAGCCCUAAAAAAAAGAGAGAGAAGGAAAUUAAGAAAGUACUUGGAUUGGGAAAAAGAGGAAGUCACUGGAAUUGCAGUUACUUUAAAAAAAAAAAAGCUUUAGAGUGGUAUUGAGAAAGUGUGAGUAGAGACUUGUCAAAAGCAAGUCACUAGGGAGCUUUGAGCAGGAUGAACUGAAAAGGGCUUAUGGGAUUUUAGAGACAAGUAGGCCACUGGUGGCAGUCGCUACUUUGGCAGGAACAGUUUUAUGUGGAGGGCUGAGGGGGGUACCCUGGUUAUAUGUAGUGAGUUGAAAAGUGAGUGAAGUUUAGGAAGACAAAUUUUUCUCAAGAGACUGGACUGUGAAGAGUCUAUCUAGACAAUUAGAUAUAGAAAGAGAAAAAGAGUUGAGGCUUUUAUUUUUUAACGGGAAGGACAUAAUAAGUAUGUUCAGAUGAUGAUAUGAUGGGCAGUAGGAAGGUCGGAGAUCCAAGGCAUACCUCAGAACAUAGGUCAGUAUUUGGAUCCAGAGGAUUAUUUGUUCUGUUAUGUGAGUAUGAUGGGAAGAAAGGCUGUGUGUGCUGAUAUAGCUGAAUUUGAGGAUUUUUUUUUUCUUUUUUGUGAUUUUGGGUCUGUAGUUGGGGCAUAUGGAGGUUCCCAGGCUAGGGGUCGAAUUGGAGCUGGCCUACACCACAGCCAUAGCAACGUGGGAUCCAGGCCACAUCUGCAACCUACACCACAGUUCACGGCAAUGCCAGAUCCUUAACCCACUGAGUGAGGCCAGGGAUCGAACCCACAUCCUCAUGGAUACUAGUUGGGUUCGUUAACCACCGAGCCACAAAGGGAACUCCGAGGAUUAUUGAAAUAAAGUUGACAGACUGGUGAGUGUUGAAAAACUGAGUUUGAGUUCUUGGCUCUGCCUUUAACUAGCUGUGCAACUUUAGGUCAGUUUCGGAGUCUUUGUUACCUCCUCUGUAAAAUGGUAAUUUAUCAUCUUUAAUAAUCAAAAUAGGAUUAUGGUAAAAAUUAAAUGAGGUGAAUCUAAUGUAGUAGCUCCUAGUUACUUGCUUUGUUUGUCCUUUUUGGUUAAUACGCUUAGAGGUUUUUCCAUAGAGGGUAUUUGAGAUUCCUUGGAAGGGCAAUAAACUCUACUGAAGUCAAAUCUUUACUAUGUUUGCUAAAGAUAUUAUUUAAAAACAAAAUUUACAACCUUUUAAAUUUUGAAUUAGAGUACGUUCAGUGAUUUUAAAUAUAGGUGCAGAGUUAGAGGGGGCAUGUCCGUGAGACCACUCUUACUUCUGAUACCAGCUGUAAGUUUGGGAGUCCCCAAGACCACUCUUGGGUUGGAUAAUUAACUAGAAGGACUUGCAGGAUUCACUGAAAUCUGUUAUACUCAUGGUUACAGUUUAUUAUAGCUAUAGGAUACAGAUUAUAUAAUCAGCCAAGGGUAAAGUUGCCCAGGACAGAGUGUAGGAAAGUUCCAAGUGUGGAGCUUCUCCCUGUGGAGUAGUCAGCAGUAUUACUUUCCUGGUAUUGAUGUAUGAUAACAAGUAGGGAGUAUAACAAGCCAUGGAAGCCCCCCCCCCCCCCCAGCCUUGGUGUCCAGAGUUUUUAUUUGGGCUCCAUGGUCAGCUGCCCAUGUGCAUGAACUUAGUUUCCAGCCCUACUGGAGGUUGAGUUUAUCCAUGUGACCCAAAGGCCCCACCAUAGAUCACAUUGUUAUACUUUCUGGCAUGUCCCAAAGUUUCCAGGUGGACAGGGACACUCAUUAGGCAUUAUGUUCCAAGAGUUUAGAGAUUACUUUCCAGAAGCUGAGGGUUAAUAAGGCCAGACCUUUCUUUGGGCAAGGUAAAAUUCUUUACAGUUCUACAACAGUAGUUAAAUACAUAUUUUGAGGCUACAGAGACUAUUUAGUUGAGGUUUGAUUGGUGUAUAAAAUUGAUAAUAAAGAGCUCAUAAGUAAGUGAUUAAGAUUUGGUAUUAUAGACACUCAAUACUUAAGUAACUAAGGAAGUUUCAUCAAGAAAUUAUAUUAACUGUUAGUAUUUCAUUAUUGUAAAACUGAGAUAAACGUAUAUAAUUUAGGCAUGAUGUUUCUGUUCUGUUUUAUUAAAUUUGAACUUACUGUUUUCUCCUGUGGAGUUUUGUAUAAUGAAGUCCCUGUGCUUCCCAAGUGAAUUUUAGCCAUAGAUUCAUAUUUUAGAGCAGUGUUUCUAAUGUGAAAAUGUACACAAGUCCCAGAGAUAUGCAUAGUUUUAUCUUUUUCUUAUCUUUUUUUGAAAGUGUCUGAAUCCAGGUGAGUAAGAGACAUCACAAUAAUAACCUUGAAUUUAUUUUUAAAAGGUAAAUCAUUUUUAGUGGUAUUACCUGUCAGUAUGAAAACAGCAUAUCCUACAACUGCUGUGUGAUAGUGAUAAUAUCUUUGAGUACCAUUGCUUUGGAGAUUAAAUGCAUUCCCAUCUCAUUGGCUUUAGUGCAAAUCUCACUUCCUGGUUGAUAUCCAUUACAAAUUAGAUUUCACCAUGCAAGCGAAAUCCCUUAAUAAGCCUAGUUAAAAAAACAAAACAACUUGAAGCAACAUGAUGCUUAUUCCAGUGGCACCACUAGGUGUGGUGUUUGCAUCAAGUCAUUUUGGGGUGCUUUAUGGAAAUGCUUCCUGAUAGGGAAUUCUCUAACUUCAGAUUUCCAGGCUGGCUUUUCCCCUUCCUUAGUUGCUUUUCAUAAAACUUAGAAGAACUGGACCAAAGAUCACAUUUAGCCAAGAGCUACUAUCCCCUAACACGUGGUUGAUGUGAGGUCUGAGGGUUUGGGUCAUUGAAAAUGAAUAACCUCUCAGAUUUAGUACAUUUUCUGUAAAUGGCGAAUAUGUAACUAAAACGAGUGGUAACUAUAUUUGCAUGUGAUUUGUAUGUUACAGUUAACAUUUAAAUUCUCUUUUGUACUAAAAAAAAAAUUUUGUUGCCACCUUAAGCCUCUCUAAGGUUCAGAGUGGCAUCCCACUUCAAUUUUUGCUUCCACAUAUGAACCCUUGAGGGCCAUAGUGCUACUAAAAGCACCUAACCCGUGAAUGAUAUUUGCUUCAUGUUUGAACAACAAAUGUUUUAACCCACUGUCUUCACUAAUAUUGUAACUACUGUCUUACAGAUUGACUUGAUGCAAAAACAUCACAAAGGCUCCAUAUUAUACAGUAUGCGAUUUUUGAGAACUGAUAGUGCAUCAGCCGACCCAGAUAAUUUAAAAUAUUCUUCAUCCAGAGAUAGGGGUGGGUCUUCCUCUUAUGGACUGCAACCUUCAAAUUCAGCUGUGGUGUCUCGGCAAAGGCACGAUGAUACCAGAAUCCACGCUGACAUACAAAAUGACGAAAAGGGUGGCUACAGUGUCAAUGGAGGAUCUGGGGAAAAUACUUAUGGUCGGAAGUCGUUGGGGCAAGAGCUGAGGGUUAACAAUGUGACCAGCCCUGAGUUCACCAGUAUUCAGCAUGGCAGUCGUGCGUUAGCCAUCAAAGACAUGAGGAAAUCACAGGAGCGAUCGAUGUCUUAUUCUGAUGAGUCUCGACUGUCGAAUCUUCUUCGGAGGAUCACCCGGGAAGACGACAGAGACCGAAGACUGGCUACUGUAAAGCAGUUGAAAGAGUUUAUUCAGCAACCAGAAAAUAAGCUGGUACUAGUUAAACAAUUGGAUAAUAUCUUGGCUGCUGUACAUGAUGUGCUUAAUGAAAGUAGCAAAUUGCUUCAGGAGUUGAGACAGGAGGGAGCUUGCUGUCUUGGCCUUCUUUGUGCUUCUCUGAGCUAUGAGGCCGAGAAGAUCUUCAAAUGGAUUUUUAGCAAAUUUAGCUCAUCUGCAAAAGAUGAAGUGAAACUUCUCUACUUAUGUGCCACCUACAAAGCACUAGAGACUGUAGGAGAAAAGAAAGCCUUUUCAUCUGUAAUGCAGCUUGUAAUGACCAGCCUGCAGUCCAUUCUUGAAAAUGUGGAUACACCAGAAUUACUUUGCAAAUGUGUUAAGUGCAUUCUUUUGGUAGCUCGAUGUUACCCUCAUAUUUUCAGCACUAAUUUUAGGGAUACAGUUGAUAUAUUAGUCGGAUGGCAUAUAGAUCAUACUCAGAAGCCUUCCCUCACACAGCAGGUGUCUGGGUGGUUGCAGAGUUUGGAGCCAUUCUGGGUAGCUGAUCUUGCAUUUUCUACCACUCUUCUUGGUCAGUUUCUAGAGGACAUGGAGGCAUAUGCUGAGGACCUCAGCCAUGUGGCCUCCGGGGAGUCAGUGGAUGAAGACGUUCCUCCUCCGUCAGUGUCCUUACCAAAGCUGGCAGCUCUCCUCCGGGUAUUCAGUACUGUGGUGAGAAGCAUUGGGGAACGUUUCAGCCCAAUUCGGGGUCCUCCAAUUACAGAGGCAUAUGUAACAGAUGUUCUGUACAGAGUAAUGAGAUGUGUGACGGCUGCAAACCAGGUGUUUUUUUCUGAGGCUGUGUUGACAGCUGCUAAUGAGUGUGUUGGUGUUUUGCUCGGCAGCUUGGAUCCUAGCAUGACUAUACAUUGUGACAUGGUCAUUACAUAUGGAUUAGAUCAGCUGGAGAAUUGCCAGACUUGUGGUACAGAUUAUAUCAUCUCAGUCUUGAAUUUACUCACAUUGAUUGUUGAACAGAUAAAUACAAAAUUGCCUUCAUCAUUUGUAGAAAAACUAUUUAUACCAUCAUCUAAACUACUAUUUUUGCGUUAUCAUAAAGAAAAAGAGGUUGUUGCUGUAGCCCAUGCUGUUUAUCAAGCAGUGCUCAGCCUGAAGAAUAUUCCUGUUUUGGAGACUGCCUAUAAAUUAAUUUUGGGAGAAAUGACUUGUGCCCUAAACAACCUGCUACAUAGUCUACAACUUCCCGAUGCCUGUUCUGAAAUAAAACAUGAGGCUUUUAAGAAUCAUUUAUUCAACGUAGACAAUGCAAAAUUUGUAGUUAUAUUUGACCUCAGUGCUCUGACUACAAUUGGGAAUGCUAAAAAUUCACUAAUUGGGAUGUGGGCGCUGUCUCCAACCGUCUUUGCACUCCUGAGUAAGAAUCUGAUGAUUGUGCAUGGUGACCUGGCCGUUCACUUCCCUGCCAUUCAGUAUGCAGUGCUCUACACGUUGUAUUCACAUUGUACUAGGCAUGACCACUUUAUAUCUAGUAGUCUGAGUUCUUCGUCCCCAUCUUUGUUUGAUGGAGCCGUGAUUAGUACUGUAACCACAGCCACCAAAAAACAUUUCUCAAUUAUAUUAAAUCUCUUGGGAAUAUUACUAAAGAAGGAUAAUCUUAACCAGGACACAAGGAAACUGUUAAUGACCUGGGCUUUGGAAGUGGCUGUUUUAAUGAAGAAGUCUGAAACAUACGCACCUUUAUUCUCUCUGCCAUCUUUCCAUAAGUUUUCCAAAGGCCUUUUAGCCAACACUCUUGUUGAAGAUGUGAAUAUCUGUCUGCAAGCCUGCAGCAGUCUACAUGCUUUGUCCUCGUCUUUACCGGAUGAUCUUUUACAGAGGUGUGUUGAUGUUUGCCGUGUUCAACUAGUCCAUAGUGGAACUCGUAUUCGCCAGGCAUUUGGAAAGCUAUUGAAGUCAAUUCCUUUAGAUGUUGUCUUGAGCAAUAACAAUCACACAGAAAUUCAAGAAAUUUCUUUAGCAUUAAGAAGUCACAUGAGUAAAGCACCAAGUAAUACAUUCCACCCACAAGAUUUCUCUGAUGUUAUUAGUUUUAUUUUGUAUGGGAACUCUCAUAGAACGGGGAAGGACAAUUGGUUAGAAAGAUUGUUCUACAGCUGCCAGAGACUGGAUAAACGUGACCAAUCAACAAUUCCCCGCAAUCUUCUAAAGACAGAUGCUGUCCUUUGGCAGUGGGCUAUUUGGGAAGCAGCACAGUUCACUGUCCUUUCUAAGUUGAGAACUCCACUGGGCAGAGCUCAGGAUACCUUCCAGACAAUUGAAGGUAUCAUCAGAAGUCUUGCAGCUCACACCUUAAACCCUGAUCAGGAUGUUAGUCAGUGGACAACUGCAGACAAUGAUGAAGGCCACAGUAGCAACCAGCUUAGACUUGUGCUUCUUCUGCAGUAUCUGGAAAACCUGGAGAAGUUAAUGUAUAAUGCAUAUGAGGGAUGUGCCAAUGCGUUGACAUCACCUCCCAAGGUCAUUAGGACUUUUUUCUAUACCAACCGCCAGACUUGUCAAGACUGGCUGACCCGAAUCCGACUCUCCAUCAUGAGGGUUGGAUUGUUAGCCGGCCAGCCUGCUGUGACAGUGAGACAUGGCUUUGAUUUGCUUACGGAAAUGAAGACAAAUCCAUCUCAGGGGAAUGAAUUGGAAGUAACUAUCAUGAUGGUGGUAGAAGCACUGUGUGAACUUCAUUGUCCAGAAGCUAUACAAGGAAUUGCUGUCUGGUCAUCUUCCAUCGUUGGAAAAAAUCUUCUCUGGAUUAAUUCAGUGGCCCAACAGGCUGAAGGGAGGUUUGAAAAGGCCUCCGUGGAGUACCAGGAGCACCUGUGUGCCAUGACAGGUGUGGAUUGCUGCAUCUCCAGCUUUGACAAGUCUGUUCUCACAUUGGCUAAUACUGGGCGUAACAGUGCCAGCCCCAAACAUUCUUUGAACGGUGAAUCCAGAAAAACUGUGCUGUCCAAACCAACUGACUCUUCUCCUGAGGUUAUAAAUUAUUUGGGAAAUAAAGCAUGUGAGUGCUACAUUGCAAUUGCCGAUUGGACUGCUGUACAGGAAUGGCAGAAUGCUAUCCAUGACUUGAAAAAGAGUACCAGCAGUACUUCUCUCAAUCUAAAAGCUGAUUUCAACUACAUAAAAUCACUAAGCAGUUUUGAAUCUGGAGAAUUUGUUGAAUGUACUGAGCAAUUGGAAUUGUUACCAGGAGAAAAUAUCAAUCUACUUGCUGGAGGAUCAAAAGAAAAAAUAGAUAUGAAAAAACUACUUCCUAAUAUGUUAAGUCCAGAUCCAAGAGAACUUCAGAAAUCCAUCGAAGUUCAAUUGCUGAGAAGUUCUGUUUGUUUGGCAACUGCUUUAAACCAUAUAGAACAGGAUCAGAAGUGGCAGUCUAUAACUGAAAACGUGGUGAAGUACUUGAAGCAAACCUCCCGCAUAGCUAUCGGGCCACUGAGACUUUCUACUUUAACAGUUUCACAGUCUCUGCCAGUUCUAAGUACCUUGCAGCUGUAUUGCUCUUCUGCUUUGGAGAACACAGUUUCCAACAGACUUUCAACAGAGGACUGUCUUAUCCCACUCUUCAGUGAAGCUUUGCGUUCAUGUAAACAGCAUGAUGUCAGGCCAUGGAUGCAGGCAUUAAGAUACACCAUGUACCAGAGUCAGUUGUUGGAGAAAAUAAAAGAACAAACAGUUCCAAUUAGAAGCCAUCUCAUGGAAUUAGGUCUAACAGCAGCAAAAUUUGCUAGAAAACGGGGGAAUGUGUCACUUGCAACAAGACUGCUGGCACAGUGCAGUGAGGUUCAGCUGGCAAAGACCACGACUGCGCAGGAUUUAGUCCAGCAUUUUAAAAAGCUAUCAACUCAAGGUCAAGUGGAUGAAAAGUGGGGGCCUGAACUUGACAUUGAAAAAACCAAAUUGCUAUAUACAGCAGGCCAGUCAACACACGCAAUGGAGAUGCUGAGUUCUUGCGCCAUUUCGUUCUGCAAGUCUGCCAAAGCUGAGCAUGCUGUUGCCAAGUCCAUUCUUACACUGGCCAAAUGGAUCCAGGCAGAAUGGAAAGAAAUAUCAGGGCAGCUGAAACAGGUUUACAGAGCUCAGCAGCAGCAAAACUUCACAGGUCUUUCUACUUUAUCUAAAAACAUACUCACUCUAAUUGAACUCCCAUCUGUUAAUACAGUGGAAGAAGAGUAUCCUCGAAUCGAGAGCGAAUCUACAGUACAUAUCGGAGUUGGAGAACCUGACUUCAUUUUGGGACAGUUGUAUCACCUAUCUUCAGUACAGGCACCUGAAGUAGCCAAAUCUUGGGCAGCAUUGGCUAGUUGGGCUUAUAGAUGGGGCAGAAAGGUCGUUGACAAUGCCAGUCAGGGAGAAGGUGUUCGUCUGUUGCCCAGAGAAAAAUCUGAAGUUCAGAAUCUGCUCCCAGACACUAUCACUGAAGAAGAAAAAGAGAGAAUAUAUGGUAUUCUUGGGCAGGCAGUGUGUCGGCCAGCAGGAAUUCAGGAUGAAGAUAUAACGCUUCAGAUAACAGAAAGUGAAGAUAAUGAGGAAGAUGAUAUGGUUGAUGUUAUCUGGCGUCAGUUAAUAUCGAGCUGCCCCUGGCUUUCAGAACUUGAUGAAAGUGCAACAGAAGGCGUUAUUAAAGUGUGGAGGAAAGUUGUAGAUAGAAUCUUCAGCCUGUACAAACUGUCUUGCAGCGCCUAUUUUACUUUCCUUAAGCUCAAUGCUGGUCAGAUUCCUUUAGAUGAAGAUGACCCCAGGCUCCAUUUAAGUCACAGACCGGAGCAGAGCACGGAUGACGUGAUUGUGAUGGCCACAUUGAGGCUGCUCAGACUGCUCGUGAAACAUGCCGGCGAGCUCAGGCAGUAUCUGGAACAUGGCUUGGAAACAACACCCACUGCUCCCUGGAGAGGAAUUAUUCCACAACUUUUCUCACGCUUAAACCACCCUGAAGUGUAUGUGCGCCAAAGUAUUUGUAACCUUCUCUGCCGUGUUGCUCAGGAUUCCCCCCAUCUCAUAUUGUACCCUGCGAUAGUGGGCACCAUAUCGCUUAGCAGUGAGUCACAGGCUUCAGGAAAUAAGUUUUCCUCUGCAAUUCCAACUUUACUUGGCAAUAUUCAAGGAGAAGAAUUGCUGGUUUCUGAAUGUGAGGGAGGAAGUCCUCCUGCUUCCCAAGAUAGCAAUAAGGAUGAACCGAAGAGUGGAUUGAAUGAAGACCAAGCUAUGAUGCAGGAUUGCUACAGCAAGAUUGUAGAUAAACUGUCCUCUGCAAACCCAACUAUGGUGUUACAGGUUCAGAUGCUCGUGGCCGAGCUGCGCAGGGUCACUGUUCUCUGGGAUGAGCUCUGGUUGGGAGUUCUGUUACAGCAGCACAUGUAUGUCCUGAGACGAAUUCAGCAGCUGGAAGACGAAGUGAAGAGAGUCCAGAAUAACAACACCUUACGCAAAGAAGAGAAAAUUGCAAUCAUGCGAGAGAAGCACACAGCUUUGAUGAAGCCCAUUGUGUUUGCUUUGGAGCACGUGAGGAGUAUCACGGCGGCCCCUGCAGAAACGCCUCAUGAAAAGUGGUUUCAAGAUAACUAUGGUGAUGCAAUUGAAAAUGCCCUAGAAAAACUGAAGACACCAUCAAACCCUGCAAAGCCUGGAAGCAGUUGGAUUCCAUUUAAAGAGAUAAUGCUAAGUUUGCAACAGAGAGCACAGAAACGUGCAAGCUACAUCUUGCGUCUUGAAGAAAUCAGCCCGUGGCUGGCUGCCAUGACUAACACUGAAAUUGCUCUUCCUGGAGAAGUCUCAGCCAGAGACACUGUCACAAUCCACAGUGUGGGCGGAACCAUCACAAUCUUACCCACCAAAACCAAGCCAAAGAAACUUCUCUUUCUAGGAUCGGAUGGGAAGAGCUAUCCUUAUCUUUUCAAAGGAUUGGAGGACUUACAUCUGGAUGAGAGAAUAAUGCAGUUUUUAUCUAUUGUAAAUACUAUGUUUGCUACAAUCAAUCGCCAGGAGACACCCCGCUUCCAUGCGCGGCACUAUUCUGUAACACCACUGGGAACUCGAUCAGGACUGAUCCAGUGGGUGGAUGGAGCCACACCCUUAUUUGGUCUUUACAAACGAUGGCAACAACGGGAAGCUGCCUUACAAGCACAAAAGGCCCAAGAUUCCUACCAGACUCCUCAGAAUCCGGGAAUUGUACCCCGUCCUAGUGAACUCUAUUAUAGUAAAAUCGGUCCUGCUUUGAAAGCAGUGGGACUUAGUCUGGAUGUGUCCCGACGGGAUUGGCCUCUUCAUGUGAUGAAGGCAGUGCUAGAAGAGUUGAUGGAAGCCACGCCUCCAAAUCUCCUUGCUAAAGAGCUGUGGUCAUCUUGUACCACCCCUGAUGAAUGGUGGAGAGUCACACAGUCUUACGCCAGAUCGACCGCGGUCAUGUCUAUGGUCGGGUACAUAAUUGGCCUUGGAGACAGACAUCUGGAUAACGUCCUCAUAGAUAUGACGACUGGAGAGGUUGUUCACAUAGAUUACAAUGUUUGCUUUGAAAAAGGUAAAAGCCUUAGAGUUCCUGAGAAAGUUCCUUUUCGAAUGACACAGAACAUUGAAACAGCACUGGGUGUAACUGGAGUAGAAGGUGUUUUUAGACUUUCAUGUGAGCAGGUUUUGCACAUCAUGCGGCGUGGCAGAGAGACUCUGCUGACACUACUGGAGGCCUUUGUGUACGACCCCCUGGUGGACUGGACAGCUGGGGGCGAGGCUGGGUUUGCUGGUGCCGUCUACGGUGGGGGAGGCCAGCAGGCCGAGAGCAAGCAGAGCAAGAGAGAGAUGGAAAGAGAAAUCACCCGCAGCCUGUUUUCUUCGAGAGUAGCUGAAAUUAAGGUGAACUGGUUUAAGAAUAGGGACGAGAUGCUGGUUGUACUGCCCAAGCUGGACAGCAGCUUAGAUGAAUACCUGAGCUUGCAAGAGCAACUGACAGAUGUGGAAAAACUGCAGGGCAAACUUCUGGAAGAAAUAGAGUUUCUAGAAGGAGCUGAAGGAGUGGAUCAUCCUUCUCAUACUCUGCAACACAGGUAUUCUGAACACACUCAGCUACAGACUCAGCAGAGAGCUGUUCAGGAGGCAAUCCAGGUGAAGCUGAAUGAAUUUGAACAGUGGAUAACACAUUAUCAGGCUGCAUUCAAUAAUUUAGAAGCAACACAGCUGGCAAGUUUGCUUCAGGAGAUAAGCACACAGAUGGACCUAGGUCCUCCAAGCUAUGUGCCAGCAACAGCCUUUCUUCAGAACGCUGGCCAGGCCCACUUGAUUAGCCAGUGUGAGCAGUUAGAGGGGGAAGUUGGCGCCCUCCUGCAGCAGAGGCGCUCGGUGCUGCGAGGCUGUCUGGAGCAGCUGCAUCACUAUGCAACUGUAGCUCUGCAAUAUCCAAAGGCCAUAUUUCAGAAACAUCGAAUUGAGCAGUGGAAGACCUGGAUGGAAGAACUUAUCUGUAACACCACUGUAGAGCGCUGUCAGGAACUUUACAGGAAAUAUGAAAUGCAGUAUGCACCCCAGCCGCCCCCAACAGUGUGUCAGUUCAUCACUGCCACUGAGAUGACCCUGCAGCGGUACGCAGCAGAUAUAAACAGUAGGCUUAUUAGACAGGUGGAACGAUUGAAACAAGAAGCCGUCACCGUACCUGUUUGUGAAGAUCAGCUGAAAGAAAUUGAACGUUGCAUCAAAGUUUUCCUUCAUGAGAAUGGAGAAGAAGGAUCUUUGAGUCUAGCAAGUGUUAUUAUCUCUGCCCUUUGUACCCUUACAAGGCGUAACCUGAUGAUGGAAGGGGCAGCUUCGAGUGCUGGAGAGCAGUUGGUGGAUCUGACUUCUCGGGAUGGAGCCUGGUUCUUGGAGGAGCUCUGCAGUAUGAGUGGAAAUGUCACUUGCCUUGUUCAGUUACUGAAGCAGUGUCAUCUGGUGCCACAGGACUUAGACAUCCCUAACCCCAUGGAGGCGUCUGAGGCAGUUCACUUAGCUAAUGGAGUAUACACCUCACUUCAGGAAUUAAAUUCAAAUUUCCGGCAAAUCAUAUUUCCAGAAGCACUGAGAUGUUUAAUGAAAGGCGAAUACACAUUAGAAAGUAUGCUUCAUGAACUGGACAGCCUUAUUGAGCAGACCACUGAUGGCGUUCCUCUGCAGACUCUAGUGGAAUCUCUUCAAGCCUAUUUAAGAAACGCAGCCAUGGGACUUGAAGAAGAAACACAUGCCCAUUACAUCGAUGUUGCCAGAAUACUUCAUGCUCAAUAUGGUGAGUUAAUCCAACCAAGAAAUGGUUCAGUUGAUGAAACACCAAAAAUGUCAGCUGGCCAGAUGCUUUUGGUAGCCUUUGAUGGCAUGUUUGCCCAAGUUGAGACUGCUUUUGGCUUAUUAGUUGAAAAGCUAAACAAGAUGGAAAUUCCUAUCGCUUGGAGAAAGAUUGACAUUAUAAGGGAAGCCAGGAGCACUCAAGUCAACUUUUUUGAUGAUGAUAAUCACCGACAGGUGCUGGAAGAGAUUUUCUUUCUAAAACGACUGCAGACAAUUAAGGAGUUCUUCAGACUCUGCGGUACCUUUUCUAAAACUUUGUCAGGAUCAAGUUCACUUGAAGAUCAGAAUACUGUAAAUGGGCCUGUACCGAUUGUCAACGUGAAAACUCUUUUUAGGAACUCUUGUUUCAGUGAAGACCAGAUGGCCAAACCUAUAAAGGCCUUCACAGCUGACUUCGUGCGGCAGCUCCUGAUUGGACUCCCGAACCAAGCCCUGGGCCUCACGCUGUGCAGCUUCAUCAGUGCCCUAGGAGUGGACAUCAUUGCUCAAGUGGAGGCCAAGGAUUUUGGUGCUGAAAGCAAGGUUUCUGUUGAUGAUCUGUGUAAGAAAGCAGUGGAGCACAACAUCCAGGUCGGGAAGUUCUCUCAGCUGGUCAUGAACAGGGCGACUGUGCUCGCCAGCUCCUAUGACACUGCCUGGAAGAAGCACGACUUGGUGCGCAGGCUGGAGACCAGUAUCUCCUCCUGUAAGACGAGCCUGCAGCGCGUUCAGCUGCAUAUCGCCAUGUUUCAGUGGCAGCAUGAAGAUCUCCUUAUCAACAGACCACAAGCGAUGUCGGUCACACCUCCCCCACGAUCUGCCAUCCUAACCAGCAUGAAAAAGAAACUCCAUACUCUGAGCCAGAUUGAAACUUCAAUUGCAACAGUUCAGGAGAAACUGGCAGCUCUUGAAGCAAGUAUUGAACAGCGACUCAAGUGGGCAGGUGGUGCCAACCCUGCACUGGCACCAGUACUACAAGAUUUUGAAGCAACAAUAGCUGAAAGAAGAAAUCUUGUCCUUAAAGAGAGCCAAAGAGCCAGUCAGGUCACUUUCCUCUGCAGCAAUAUUAUUCAUUUUGAAAGUUUACGAACUAGAACUGCGGAAGCCUUAAACCUGGAUGCUGCAUUAUUUGAGCUAAUCAAACGGUGUCAGCAAAUGUGUUCAUUUGCUUCACAGUUUAACAGUUCAGUCUCUGAGUUAGAGCUUCGUUUAUUACAGAGAGUGGACACAAGCCUUGAACACCCUAUUGGCAGCUCUGAAUGGCUUUUAUCAGCACACAAACAGUUGACCCAGGAUAUGUCUACGCAGAGAGCAAUUCAGACGGAGAAAGAGCAGCAGAUAGAAACGGUCUGUGAAACAAUUCAGAAUCUGGUUGAUAAUAUAAAGACUGUGCUCACAGGUCAUAACCGGCAGCUUGGAGAUGUCAAACAUCUCCUGAAAGCAAUGGCCAAGGAUGAAGAAGCUGCUCUGGCAGAUGGCGAAGAUGUUCCCUAUGAGAACAGUGUGAGGCAGUUCUUGGGUGAAUAUAAAUCUUGGCAAGACAACAUUCAGACUGUGCUGUUUACAUUAGUCCAAGCCAUGGGUCAGGUUCGAAGUCAGGAACAUGUUGAAAUGCUCCAGGAAAUAACUCCCACCUUGAAAGAACUGAAAACACAAAGUCAGAGUGUCUAUAAUAAUUUAGUGAGUUUUGCAUCACCACUAGUCACCGAUGCAACAAAUGAAUGUUCAAGUCCAACGUCAUCUGCUACGUAUCAGCCAUCCUUUGCUGCAGCAGUCCGGAGCAACACUGGCCAGAAGACUCAGCCUGAUGUCAUGUCACAGAAUGCUAGAAAGCUGAUUCAGAAAAAUCUAGCUACAUCAGCAGAUACUCCACCAAGCACUGUUCCAGGAACUGGCAAGAGUGCUGCUUGUAGUCCUAAAAAGGCCGUCAGAGACCCUAAAACUGGGAAAGCUGUGCAAGAGAGAAAUUCAUAUGCAGUGAGCGUGUGGAAGAGAGUGAAAGCCAAGUUAGAGGGCCGAGAUGUUGAUCCGAAUAGGAGGAUGUCAGUUGCUGAACAGGUUGACUAUGUCAUUAAGGAAGCAACUAAUCUAGAUAACUUGGCUCAGCUGUAUGAAGGUUGGACAGCCUGGGUAUGAAUGGCAAGACAGUAGAUGAGUCUGGUUAAGCGAGGUCAGACAUCCACCAGAAUCAACUCAGCCUCAGGCAUCCAAAGCCACACCACAGUCGGUGGUGAUGCAACUGGGGGCUUACUCUGAGGAAACCUAGGAAAUCUCGGUGCGCUAGGAAGUGAAUCCUGCAGGACAGCUGCACUCAGGGAUACGCCCGACACCAUGGCCUGCAACCCCAGGGUCAAGGGUGAAAGAAAGAAAGCUCACCGCCUGAACACGGAGAUUGUCUUUCUGCCACAGAACAGCUGCAAACGUGUCAGGAGGUUAGCUGCAGAAAGAAAUCGGGAUGCCGCGGAGCACAGAGUGAUUUGGAACUCCAUUCCACCUGACCCUGUGUGCACAAUCCAGGAAAAAACAAACCCCGCUCGGACACAGAGAAAACUGGGGCCGCGAAGAAAUCACAGCCAAGGAAGAUUUGAUGCAUUCAGAUUCUUGUGUAACACUUGUUGCUUGGCAACAGCACUGGUUGGGUUGACCAGUAGGUACAAAAAGGCUAUGCGAUAUGAAUUUCAGAAAUGGACUGAAGAAGGAGAGCUAUGUAAUAGAUACACUACAUUGGAAGAACUGACUUCUGAAAUGAAGGGAAAAAAAAAACCCACCCUGUCGUCCUCUUCCCCAAACCCCACCACCUCCCCUUUCCCCUUUUACCUGAUCUCAUAGAUUAGCCAUCUGUCACAUUCACUUUUAUUUCAAUCCUUAUGUUUCAUAUACUUCUGUCUCGAUGCUGUUAACACCUUAUAUUUGGAGUGAUGAGCAGAAAUUUCUCCAAAACCACUGAAUAACAUGGAAAAUUCAAGGAUUGUUUAAAGGUCUGAUGAUUACAAACGAAUUCUGGUUAAGUCAUUUCUGUGAUUCUAUCAUGUACAGUUUCCAGAAUUGUCACUGUGCAUUCAAAAGUAAUGAAUCUAACAGACAUUUGAUUUAAUGUACACUCCCCUUUGCUUAUAGUGUGCAUUUUUUGGAGGUCAUCCAAAUUUUCCCUCUUCUGUGAUUGCUGUAGUUUCUUUCAUAGAAAGCCAGUGUAAUCUUUUACCUUUUUAAAAACCAGGAUAGAGUACCUAUUAGAGUUUUACAUUGUUGAUGACAGAUUAACAAUAAAGUGAUGUUCUGGUGGAGGUAGAGUGAAAUGUUCUUUUAAUUCAGUUUUCUCAUGUGAUACUUUUAAUUUACAAUUUACAAGGUGUAAAUUAAAAGUGCUUUAGUUUACCUGGCAUUUUAGGACAUACACAUGAAACAUCAGCAAGAGCCACCAACAUCUUUUAUUAAGUUCAGGUAUUAGUGUGUGAAGUACUUUACUUUUUGCACGAUUUUAAUAGUUUGCUGUUGAGUAAAUACAUUAUAGUGAAUUCAUGGUCAAGGUUUCCUUAAAUUUAGCAUUGCAUUUCAGUAGUGACUGACUGUGUAAGCCCAUUUGUUGCUCCAAGAUAAAAAUCCAGACCAGGAGUCUUAAAAUCACGUACCAACACAAAGUGGAACGAACAUGAUUAAAAUCUUGAUUGAGUACGUUUUUCCUGCAUUUUAGAGAUUAGGGCUGUGAUCACGUUCUAGGUGCCAGUCUUCACAGACAAACUUGAAAAGGUAUUAAGGGAAAAUUCCACAGAACUCUGGCCUUUUCUCUAUUCUCAUUGCCAUGUUUAUCUAUAAUCUUUAAAUACUCGUAGGAGAAUGCAUUUUGGUAUCAGUGCUUCUUAAAAAUACUUUUACAAGUAUUACGAGAAAGGUGGUAUUUUUGAGUACCCAUGUGUCUAAUAGCAGGUUAAGGAACCUAGUGCAUCAAAUUUUAUUUUCUUCAUUCAUUUUGAACCUUAUUUUCACAAUCAAAACAACCUAUCGGGAAUAAUAAUGCCAUACUGUGUUUUGCACACUGCUUUGUUUCCUAGAGGCUGUGGGAGCUAUUGCAUUCAUCACUUAAUUACCUCUACUCUCUCAAGAUUAAACAGUCUUUUCAAGAACAUUCUUUGUCACAAGGAAAAACUUCUAUCACGGUGACAAAACUAGUUCACACUAGUUUUUCCCUAAAGGUAAUAUUCAGAAAUUGCUUUUUCUCUCUGAUAAAGAACAUAAAUAAGUGAAUUUUUAUCGCCUGUGAAUUUCAGGCUUCAGAGGUACCUGGCACCUUAUCUUAGUGAAAACAGCUUUAUAUCAAAGUUGUGCCUCUGCUAAAUUAUCCAUCACUUUUAUUUUAAAAUGGUCCUUCAGCAAAUAGUGUGGCAUGUGCAUAUUUGGUUGUGGGGCAGAUCUAAAUAACCAGUGACUUCAAAGCUGGCUCUUUGCUGCACUCUGGACAAGAACACAGGCUGUACCGUUUGCCCGCUUCUGGGAAGUCAUUCGGCAAGUAGCCUUGCCAUUGUGAACCGUCGUAAGGGAAUUCAGCAGAGCUGUCAUCAGCGGUAGACCUUGGUGAUAUAGCAGAUACCAGCGGAAGACAGGGCUCUUUUCGGGGGAUGAUUUUGCAAAAUAACGUGAAGUUCAGAGUGCUGUGGUUAUGAAGUCACACAUUUUUGAUGACAGAAAAAUACCUGUGGAAAACCAGGUGUCUGCUCCUCUCUCUUCCUCCCUCUUCUUCUUCCUCUUCUGCUCCUUCCUCUUCCUCUUCUGCUCCUUCCUCUUCUUCCUCCUCUUCUCUUUCUCUCUCUCUCUCUCUCUCACAUUCAGGGGGUACAGAAUAACUUAUAACCUCUUCUUCAAAGUACCCGUGGAAAUUGAAGUGUAUCUUAAGUGUUGUCUUUUAAUUUUCUAGAAUUGCUUGAACUUUAGUUGAUUUCUCUAUAAAGCUGUGGAGGCUUAAUAGUUGAUGGAGCUGUUUUUGGCUCUGUCUUUGGUGUGUCUUGCAUUAUCUAUUUCUGGUCAUGAGUUCUUAAUGUAAUCUGCUAGAUGAUUAGUAAGAUUCUUUUGUGUCUGACACUUGUGAGUUGUUUUUGAGAUACGUGAGGUUUCUGUGUGAGAACUGAUAAUCAAGCUCUUGAUCUGCUUCCCUGAAUUGCUUUUUUAGAGCCCAAACCCCAGGUUCAGGGUGAGGGUUUGUAAUACAAAGAAAAACUUCCGUCACUUCUGCCCUUAACACUUGCCUCGAUUACGUAAACUUAGUGUUCUUAAUAUUGUCCAAUGUCUGGUGUUAUCUGCAUUGUUUUUGUUUGUGGUUGUUCUGAUGUGUGAAAUCUAAGGAAAGAGCCAUUAAAAAAUGCCAAGCAGGGCAAUGCAAGUACAGCCAAAUAUUAGAGUUGAUGUGCAAUCUUAGGUCCUUUUAAAUCUGGGGUGAUAUAGGCAGUACUUUAAAAAGUCUUCCUGGCCUAUUUUCCUCCACAUAUUUGUAAUUACUUUGGGGGCUUACUGGUUGUGGCAGUACUAAAAUCAAAGGAGCUGGUUCUUCUUUUCUCCCAAUUCUUUUCAUAUUUAAGAAGGCACCUACAAAUUAGCUUGUUAGUUCUAUUCAUAUGCAUCAAGAAUCAGUGAAUGCUUUUCUGUUAGCACAUUUAAGUAUCUUUGUUUUUAUAUAAAAAUCAGAUGAAUAUGAAAACCAAUGACCUUCCAUUCUGUAUCUUGCCUUGUAAAAAUGCCAGUAAUUUAGAGCUAGGACCUUUCCUCAAAUCCAGGAGGCCAACUAUGUUAAAGGAAGGGGGUCCCUUUUAAAGAAGGCAGAUUUUUUUUCAAUAUUUGGGUUCUAUUAGAGAGAGUCCUCCUGUGGGAAAACCUAGCUAGCAUUACAAAUUUUCCAUACACUGGGGAAGGAAAUUCACUGUUCUAAACCCAGAAGGGUUUGUUGCACUUUUCCUGCUUUUUUAGGCCUGGGUAACAAUAUCACCAUUCUUUACAUAAGGGCAAAUGGACUUCAAUUGAGAGAAGCUUUAUAGGUUCAAGGGUUAGUUGUACAACAUGAACCAUGUAGUCUCUUUCUUUCCAAGGGAAUUUGACUGGGCUUACUAAGGAAAAGCUGUUUGUUGUGCUAAUGCAAAAGUGCCAUACAAUUAGAAUUAGCUCAGCUUUUGAAGAUGGUAAACUUAAGGAACUGAAUGUUGUUCUGAAAUGCAGAAACUUGCAGAAUGUUUUUCUUUCAAAACAGGCUGAUUUUUUUUUUCUUUUCCUGACAGUACAAGUUUCAACUCCUGUUUAAAGUUCUUGUGUCAGUUAUUUUCUUGUUUAAAUUUUCCUUAUAUUUCCACCUGUAAUGUCAGUGGCAACAUCAUUCACUUGUUUAUUUACCCUUUAUUCUAAGAGCAAAUUGAGUUGAACUGAAUCUUCCUUGUUCUAGUAACAUUGUAUAAAUAAAAUGGCUUCUCUGUACAAAUGGUUUGUAAGGCCUCCUGAUGGAUAUAAUUUUGUGAUUGUAUUUAAGAUUAAAAGUUGAAUAAAACACACCAGCUUCCUGAAAAUAUUCAUAAUGCAUUUUUUGGAAAACAAAAUACAUGCCUACUUUGUGCAUAUUUGCAUUAACAUGGCAAAGAUUGUAUGAAAUACCUGUUUUUCAAAAAAUAAAGUUUUAAAAGAUUUAAGCUCUGA